AUGAGUAAGUCUUAUGCUCUCGAUGAUACCUUGGUGUCCGGCCCAGCUGCAGUCAAUGUGGUCGAUACAGAGCACCAUGUCAACCAGUCCGGUCGCUACGAUGUUAUGGACAUCAAAGGCCAUAUCGCACCCACCGAACAUGAGCUAGCAACUUUACCCAAGGUUGCUGGUACCAUGCCAGUAUCUGCCUACCUCCUCUGCGCCGUUGAAUUCGCCGAACGUGCUUCAUACUAUGGCUGCAAACAAGUCUUCAAGAACUUCAUCAGAGGUCCACUUCCAGUCGGAGGAAAUGGAGCUGGAGCACCACCAAAGGGUUCCCAAAAAACCGCUGGCGCUCUCGGUAAAGGUACAGUCAUCGCAUCUGCUAUGACUGAUGCAUUCACCUUUUUAGCAUACGGACUUCCCAUCUUUGGUGGUUGGUUGUCCGACGCCCAUCUUGGCCGGUUCAAAACCAUCUGUAUCGGUGUCGCUAUCUGCGGUGUUGCCCAUAUCAUUAUGGUCAUUUCUGCUAUUCCAAGUGUCAUUCAAGCUGGUAAGGCCAUUGGGCCAUUCGCCUUGAGUCUGUACAUGCUCGCCAUCGGUGCCGCGCUUUUCAAAGCCAAUAUCGCCCCAACUGUUCUUGAUCAGAAUCCUCAUAAGAAGCCCCAUGUUAUCACCAAUAAGGAUGGAAGCAAGGCGAUUGUUGAUCCUGAGGCUACAUCUGAGAGUAUCAUGUUAUGGUUCUACCUCCUAGUCAACGUGGGAGGCUUUUUCGGUGUUGCUACGUCUUAUCUUGCCAAAGACGUUGGAUUCUACGCGGCGUACUUGUUGCCGUGUAUUGUCUACCUGAUGCUCCCGGUUCUUCUAUACUUUGUCAAUCCCCGCCUAAUCAAGUUCGCUCCCGGAGGAAGUGCCCUCGGUAACUUUAUCAAAGUCAUUUUUCUCUCUCUGAAGAAAGCUGGGAUUCGUGGCUUUGGCCGCAAGGGAUUUUUCGAACGGGCUAAGCCAUCCGUUCUUGCAGCAUCUGGAGACAGCAGAGUUGUUACCUGGGAUGACGACUUUGUCGAAGACGUACGCCGAACCAUGGGAGCUUGUGCUAUCUUCCUUUUUUUCCCUAUUCAGCAGAUCAACGAUGGUGGUCUGGGCGCCGCUGGUAACGCCCAAUCUGCAGCUUUGACCACAAACGGUGUGCCCAACGAUUUGUUGGACAACUUGAACCCCCUGGCCAUUAUCGUCUUGAUUCCAAUCCUAAACCACGGUAUCUAUCCUCUUCUCCGAAAGUUAGGCAUCCGAUUUGGACCUAUCAAGAGAAUGACCUUCGGUUUAUUCGUCGCCGCUAUUGGUGCUUCCGCAUACGCCAUCAUCCAGCAUUACGUCUACAAGACCUCGCCAUGUGGCGACCAUGCUAGUGAUUGCGAAAUCGGAUCAGGUGUCUCCUCCCUAUCUGUCUGGCUUUACGGAAUCCCAACUCUCGUCACCGCCACUUCCGAGGUCUUCAUCAACGUCACAGCCUACGGAGUUGCAUACUCUCGUGCUCCUCAGAACAUGAAGGGUUUCGUCAUGGCUCUCUCGCUGUUCAUGCAAGCCAUCACUACUGCCAUCUCCCUGGCUACCGCCAACGCUAUCCAAGAUCCAUACCUCGUCUGGGUCUUUGCUGUUCCAUCUAUCAUUGGAUUCGUUUCCGCUUUCGUCUUCUGGUUCUUGUUCAAGCACUUGGAUAAUGAGGAGUUCUUUGUCCAUGUUGACGAUGCAGUUCCAAUCCCCAACCGCUCGCUCGACGAGGAACACAGCAGCAUUGAUGAGAAACAUCUUGACCGUGGUAUCGAUGAGAAGCACCACGGCGCUGGUGACACUAAGGAGGUUAAGCUAUGA